AUGUGCAAUGUGAGCUUGUUUCCAAUAUUUAUAAUCAAUGACAACGCUAGUUGAUAAAUUUCAACCGCGUUUUUUUAAACUUUUAAUUUUACAAAAAAAAAAAGGAGAACAUAAUGUAUGCACCGUUCAAGGCUGGGAGAUGAAAUGAACUAACAGUCCCUAAUGGCCCCCUAUCAGUGGAGAAAUAUACCCUUGGAGUAAUGGGGAUAAAAGGCCUGAAAAAGGAAUGCACAUAUGACAAUAAACACAGAAUAAUUCAUGGAUAGUCAAUACUGCAUUAUGGGCUUACCGCAUAUCUUCAUUAUGAAUCUUAAUUAUCAUAACAAUAAUUUUUGUAUAUUAAUAUAUUCUACUUUGCAGAGUUGGAAUUGAUAUAGCUCUUUAUUUUAAAGCAUAUUGUUUUUAAUUGCCCACCUCCAGUGUAAGCUGCUGUGUUCUCUAUUGUACAGACAGCAGCCAGUCUGUGUAUUGUACAGACGGCAGCCAGUCUGUGUAUUGUACAGACAGCAGCCAGUCUGAGUAUUGUACAGACAGCAGCCAGUCUGAGUAUUGUACAGACAGCAGCCAGUCUGAGUAUUGUACAGACGGCAGCCAGUCUGAGUAUUGUACAGGCGGCAGCCAGUCUGAGUAUUGUACAGACAGCAGCCAGUCUGAGUAUUGUACAGACAGCAGCAAGUCUGAGUAUUGUACAGACAGCAGACAAUCUGAGUAUUGUACAGACGGCAGCCAGUCUGAGUAUUGUACAGACGGCAGCCAGUCUGAGUAUUGCCCAGACGGCAGCCAGUCUGAGUAUUGUACAGACAGCAGCAAGUCUGAGUAUUGUACAGACAGCAGACAAUCUGAGUAUUGUACAGGCGGCAGCCAGUCUGAGUAUUGUACAGACAGCAGCCAGUCUGAGUAUUGUACAGACAGCAGCCAGUCUGAGUAUUGUACAGACAGCAGCCAGUCUGAGUAUUGUACAGACGGCAGCCAGUCUGAGUAUUGUACAGACGGCAGCCAGCCAGUCUGAGUAUUGUACAGGCGGCAGCCAGUCUGAGUAUUGUACAGACGGCAGCCAAUCUGAGAAUUGUGCAGGUGACAGUUAG